AUGAGCUCCGAGCCUCGCCAAACAAGCGGGGCCAGCGGCAAGUCCAAACGACGAUGGACUGACCCGGACGAGGAUGGUAAGGCGAAUGCGCAAGACGACCCUAGCCAACCCAAGCGGCAGCGGGUAUCACGGGCUUGCGACAGCUGUCGCUCGAAGAAAGACAAGUGCGACGGUGUACAACCGAUCUGCUCCACGUGUGCAUCUUUAUGCCGACCCUGCACCUACAAGGCGAACCCCAAGAAGCGAGGACUGCCAACAGGGUAUAUUCGAUCGCUUGAGCUGCUAUGGGGGCUCGUAUUCCAGAAGAUUCAGGGUAGCGAAGAUGUGAUGCGCGCUUUGAUGAGAUCGAUCAACCUGCCGAGUCAUCUCGCCACGAUGGGCAAGGAAGCAGAAGGGUCGGAUACCCUGCUGUCAUCAUUCAAGAACAGCACAGUGCUGAGAGACAUCGAGCGCAUGUUAGUCGUGCUAGAGCAACCAGAGGAGGAAAGGGAAAGAAACCUCCAGGCAUAUGGUGAUGGUGAUACACCGCUGGACGUCGAUUCGGUUUUGGCAUCCUCCGAGGCCCACGAAUGGCAGAUACCCGAAGGACUAGAGCACCGCGAGACGCCCUUGCCGGGAAUUUCACCAUCUCGCGUAUCCAUGAUCAGCUCUGCUCCAAGACCUCCUGGGUACAACACCAGAGACUCUGGCGUGCAAACAAUAUCCGCUGAAAUGCCAACCCCGUCCCUCCCUCCCUCUUUCGAUCACGGCGACCCUCGAAUGAUUUCCACUAACGCCCCCCUUCAACUCCCUUACAACGCAUGGCCUCUUCUCGAUAUAUACUUCUCAUAUACGCAAUGCUGGUUUCCCAUACUGGAGAAACAUGACAUACUCCGUACGGCUUUCCAAUAUACCGAAGGCAAUGUGUACAUGUCACGCGCAGCGCCUGGAUCCGGCGACCACGCCGCUCUAUGGGCUGUCCUGACCCUUGCCUCGCUUCAAGAUGCUUCGAUCAGCCCUGCACAUCCGCCUGAUGCUCAGUCUAACCAUCAAAUGAAUCCUUCAAGAAUGUACAAUUCUGCGAGAGAUCUCAUUCCUUCAGAGAUUGGCCCAUUUGAAGUCGGCCAUGUUCAAGCACUGCUUAUCUUAUCUCUCAUCAAGUUCGGCCAGCAGGAAUGGAUUGCCGCAUGGAUGCUUGUGGGACAUGCUGUCCGCAUUGCUCAGACCCUGGGUCUGGACCAGCCAUCACUUACAGCUCCGUCAAGAUCCCCAGAGCAGGGCAAGCAGCUGGGGCGGGCCAAGCAUGUCUUCUUAGGAUGCUUUGUGCUCGAAACAUUAAUCGCGGAACACACAGCGCAAUGCCCUUCUCUGCGAAAGGACGACCUAGCUAGGGUAGGGGCUAUCAAUGAGGACGGGCUGGAGGAAUGGCAUCCAUGGGAAGAUCAAUCCGGUCUUCGUCCUACACAGUCCUCCCGCGCUUCUAUGCAGCGCGGACCCCUACAUGCACUAAGCACUUUCAAUCGUCUUGUAUCUCUUGUUUGCAUAUUAAACGACCUUUGUUACUAUAAACAAGACCCGACUAUCUCCCGCUUACAACUGGAGUCACUGGAACUGCAGCUCCACCGUUGGGCGUCAACGCUUCCGAAGAGUUAUCGAGUCGACUUGCAAAGCCGCCCAGUCAAGCUGGCCUCGCCGCACAUUUUCGGUCUUGAAAUGACAUACCAAAGCAUUGUUUCAGCGAUAAGUCUGCACAUUGCCUCGCGUGAAAGCGACCAGAAUAUUCCGGAAAUGCCUCACAAGGCCAAAGCGAUCGAGAGUUCUAAACGCCUACUUCAACUGCUUCAGGUCUUUAUGGAGACCUACAGUCUUUCAGCCACCGCGCCAACCUUUGGAAUGAUCCUCAGAUACUGCUUGCCACGCUCAGACCCUCGGUACUUUGCCACAGAUAUCGAAGUGGGCCUUCGGAGUACGAUCCAAUCGUUCACGUCCCAGCUUGCGCAGUUGUGGAUUGCCCAAGAUCGACCCCCGACAGGCCAGCCAAGGACCCAAGGGACAAUAGUGUCCCCGGCAUCUCAACAGCCGGCUAUAACACCAAUUGAAGAUCCCACAUUGCAGCAUGUCAUGCCAGCAUCUACACCCCGCCACCUCGCGUCCUCAACCGAUUUGCAUGCUUCUCAAAACAAUAUCCACCAUCCACCUACAUCCGACCCAUUCCUCUCUACUCCUUGGCUCCAUGCCACUCAAGGCAUUGACGAUGGUGGGACACUUCUUCCUACGCCUACCGCAUCCAUGACUACUGUUGGCGGCGCCUCGGAAAUCUCGGCACGACCAAGUCAAUUAGAUGGCACCCUAGGCAGCAGACUCCGACAGUCUACAUCAGUUCCUUCCAAAUCUCACAAUGGCCCAGCCAUGAUUCCCGAUCUUUCACCAUCCUUCCCACCGAGUGGACAGUACCACCAGGUGUAUCAAGACCCUCCCCUCCACAUCAGCUCCUUUGUCGACAUGGACGGUUACGGGCCACCGCGGCAGCGGAUUGCACCAGAUCUCGAUGCCCUAUUCGAUGAACUUGCCUCGUUGGACGGUGCUGAAAAGCCUGAUAAUCAACCUGAGUUCAUGCAGAACCUCGGCUUUGUAUCUGAUACCGGCGUACCAGAAUUCUACUCGUUUUCGAGUCAGAUCGAGCCUUUCCUGUUGGCACAGACUCAACAAAUGCCUGUUCCCGCGCCUUCGUCUGCAGUGCGAAGAGAGUCAUAG